AUGUGUGAGAUGAUUUGUGAGAUCAAGGCCAAAACCUUUCGGCCAGAUGUCACUCGCAGCGGCAUGCUUUCUGAGGCACCCCCGUCAAAGGAGCUUCCUGCUGAGGUCCCUGAGACUUUGGAGCCCGUGCAUUCUGAUUCCAGUGAAGGGUCUGCCGAUGAGGAGGACGAUGAGGCCACUGAUGAGGAGAAGGCCGUGGCGGAUGUGGCAGGCCCUUGGGGACCCCAGAUGGCUGAGAUGACACAAAUUUGUUUGGUCGAUGUGGACCACGCCAAAUGUGGGCCUCUGAAUGUUGUACCAACCAUGUGUGCCAGUCUGGAUUGCCGCUGUGGGCAACGGCUGAGUGUGAGCCUCUACUUGGAUGUCUCGGCAAUGUGGCCAAGCAACUUGAUCGAUGUGGAUCAGGCAUGUGACGAUGUGUUGCAUUCGACAACUGCCGCUUAUGGAGGAGAUUUUCUGUUCAAGAUGUCCGUAGCCGACAGCGAAGCGGUUUUCAAAGCCCGGGCAACGGCCUGCGGCUUGGCUGAUGGAGAUUUUGCGAAGCUUAAGGCCGAAGGGCUCGAGACCGUGGGUAUGUUUGCCUUUUCUUGCAAUUUUGCACCGGGGGCGGCCAGCGAGGCCCCCUUCGUCGAACUUGUUGAGAAGGUCUUGGGAACUCCCCCGACGGUGAAACAGCUCGCAUCUUUCCGGCGACUGUUCGCGGAAAGUUAUUCCGCCGUUGCCUCCGACAUCAAGACUCAGAUCGAAACCACUGACGAGUCUGUGCCACGAAAACUGCCUGCCGCUGAUCGGGCCCAACGCCUGAAAGAGCAACAGUCCCGUAUUUCGGGCUUUAAGAUCCGCGGACCCUAUGAACCAGGUGAUUCGUUGGUUGACCGCUCGGUGCAGAUGCUUGAGCAGGACCGGUUGUCCUACUUGGAUUGGGGCACUUGCGUAAGUCGCGAACAUGAAUUGACCACAAACACGAGGAAAGAUAGCUCCCUUACCUUCGACAACAACGGCCUUUUGCGCAUGGCUAAGCGAGACAAAAUCACCCCAUGCGAUUCUUCAAGCGAACUUCAGGUGAGGUACUGCCUUAUGCGCCGGGGCUUGGCAUUGGACCAAGCGGGCAUCUUGACUUACGAGCUCCACGAAUCCCUCAUUGAAAAACUCUUUCAGGCACGGCUCACGGUUCCGCCCCCGAAUUACUCGAGGGUGCAGAUGGCCCAGUUGGAGCAUGCGGAUCGCAAGUUCUUCGCCCUUCUUGGUGAGCACACGCGGGCCGGCAUUAAAGCGUCCGCUGCAGGACGCCCAUGUGACCUUGCUUUCAAGCUUUGCCUGGAGUGUACGGAUUUCCUUACAUUGCUGCAACCGCGCCCCUUUGCCGUCCAGAAUUAUGACCCUCCCAGGAAGUGGCGCAAGUUUGAUGAUAACAAAGGGGGCGGCAAGGGCAAGGAUAAAGGUGGCAAAGAUGGAGGCAAGGGCAAGGAUAAGGGCCGCCAGGGUUCCAGUGAUUUCGCGAGGGUGCCUCAGGCCCUUUUGGUUCUUGGUUGCAUUGGCAUGCACCCUCAAUCGAAGCAGCGCUUCUGUUACAACUUCAACUUGAAGACGUGUCAGGAUGGUGCGAAUUGCACUCGCGGUGCACACAUGUGUGCAGUGAAGGGCUGCCAUCAAGCUCAUGCGGCCAUGGAUUGUGAGCAGCUGCGGCCACAGGAUCCUGAGGGUCUUGCUCACGCAUGGAUCCGAGAGCGCAAUUUUUGCGCCGCCAACAUUUUGCAUCGUGCUCGGGGCGUGCCGCUUCCCGAUGGGUCCCCUGGGCCCCCUGCUCUGCGUGAUGCCCAGCAUGUUUGGGGCCUGCCGGGCUUGCCCAGUUCACAGCAACAGCGUGUGGACAAGGCCAACGCUCUGUAUCGCCACAUGUGCUCGUUCUUGUCUUUUCUGCAAGCCCAGCAGGUGCCCUGGACCGUUGAAAACCCCACGCGGUCGUGGCUCUGGAAACUUCCCGCUCUGACAUCUCUGCUUCAGUCACAUCAUUUCUUUGAGCUGCAUACUUGUGCUUUCGGCAGCCAGCGUCAAAAGCGGACCGCCUUCCUGGCCUCACAUUCUGAGUUCCAAUUGUUGGCACGUACCUGCCCGGGCUGCCCUUCUCACCUUCCUUGGGGCAUCACUCCCGAGGGUGACUUUGCCACCGGCCGCGAGGCAGCUUUCCCUAAGGCCCUGUGUGAGACCAUUUGUGAUGCAGUUGAACUUCUCUGCGCUUCCCGAGGCUGCCUUCCAGGCUCCCCGAAGACAUUGGUGGCCCGCGCGCAGAAGCAGCCCCGCGGCCGCGCCACCCCGCAGCUCAUUCCUGAGUUCCUUCGCAUCGAAAGCACUAUCCUGCCGGACGUGCCUGCCACGGAUUCUAAGAAGUGCAUUUCCCAUGCGGUGGCGGGCGUGCCAGCGGGCAGCAAAUUGCUACGUUGUGCAGACAGGGGCUCCAAAGGUUGGUUGUGUGUUCUAGGGGUCUAUAGAUCCCCCUUAGCCUUCGCUACCCUGGCUAAGCAACUUCUCCACCCUUACGACACCCUUGUACAACUUCCCGACUGUUUGCUGAGGGUCAUCUUCAAGCAGCUCACGUUGUCGUGGGCAACAGAGCUGCGUGACCAGGAGAAGGCAUUGAAGGCCAGCUUGCAUCCCGAUGUAGCUGAUAUCCUUGCACCAAAAAGAAUUUGCCUUAUGAAACGGGUGGCUCAGGAGAUGUCCUGGCCCGAUAUGGGUAUCUUCGAUGAAUUAACUAAAGGCUUCCGCCUCGUGGGUAUUGGGUCCAAGUCUGGGCUCUUCCGCCAAGGGGUCAAACUGGCCUCACUGUCCGAGGACGGUCUGAUGGAAGCGGCCAAACACCUUCGUCCCCGCUUGCUUGAUAAGGUCAUGUGCGAGCGUCAGGAUGAAAACUCCGAUGAGCUCAGGGCCCUCACUUCUAAGGAGGCCAAGGAGAAGAAAUGGCUGCAUGGGCCCUUCACUCCUGAUGAGAUUUCCCAUCGCUUUGGGAAUUGGCUGCCUGCCAGGCGAUUCGCCAUCCGCCAAGGCGACAAGGUGCGUUGCAUUGAUGAUCUGCGGGAGAACGAGCUAAACACCGCCUACACGGCGGUGGAGAAGAUCACUCUGUCCGCGAUGGAUCACAUGAUAUGGGCACUGCAAACCCUGCUCAGAUAUUUCACCCACCGGGGCGAGGUGUCUCUUGAACUUUCGACAGGUGAGGUGCUCAAAGGCAAGGUCCAUGAGGCUUGGUCGUUGCAUGAAGGAUCCCUCGUCGUGACAGCGCUUGAUCUCCGCAGCGCCUACAAACAACUUCCCCUCAGCCCUCUUGACCAGGACAAAACGGUAGUGGUGCUCAAAGAUCAUGUGAGGAACGCUGUGGAUUGCUACGUCAUGAAGACGCUCCCCUUCGGAGCUUCUGCCAGUGUGGACAAGUUCUUGAGGGUAAGUGCUUUCCUACAGGCUGCCGGCUGCGAGCUGGCGUUACUCUGGAGCAACUACUUUGAUGAUUUCCCUCUUGCAUCCCACCGCCUCACUUCGGUGUCCAGCUUGUCUGCAGCAAAGGCGAUGUUAACUCUUUUCGGGUUUGAAUUUGCCACCGACAAACUCCUUCCUUUUGACCAGACGUGUGAGGUGUUGGGAGUGAAGCUUGAUUUGACUCUUGCGCACGAGGGCGAAAUCCGCAUCACCAACAAGCCAUCCCGUAUUGAGGAAGUGCGGGGUUUGCUUGAGUCAGCGGUGGCAUUAAAGGCUCUGGUUCCUGCAAAGGUGCCUAGCUUCAUUGGCAAACUCCAGUAUGCCGACUCACAAGUGUGGGGGCGAGCGGGGCGAAUUGCCCUUGGGGAUCUUCGAUCACUUGGAGGCUCAGGCAGACAUGCUGUCAACCUGGACGGCUCUCAGCUGGCAGCUCUGCAGGUGUUGAAGGCGCGCUUCGAGCUCGGCCACCCGCUUUCAAUCAAGGCAUCGACCCCGGUGCCCCCUGUGGUGAUCUUCACUGAUGGCGCCCUCGAGGAGGGCAAGGCUACCAUAGGAGGUGUGCUCUACCCUUCUUGUAGGCAGAUGCCGGCCGAGGUGUUCGGAGCGACUCUGCCAUGCAAUGUGCUUGAUUUACUCAAAGGUGAUAAGGAGCAUGUCAUCGGAGCUGUCGAGCUGUUUGCUGUAGCCGUAGCCAUAAAACUUUGGAUGCCCCGCCUAACCGGCCAAAGGGUUCUUAUCUUCGUUGAUAAUUGGCCUGCCUUGGACACUCUGGUCCGCGGCACUGCAGGCGUCCAAGAGUGGCGACAGGUUUUGCUUGCCAUAGAGGGCGCUGAAGGUGGACAGCCCCCUCUGUAUUGGUUCGCGCGCGUCCCUUCGGGGUCAAACGUCGCUGAUGAUCCCAGCCGCGGCUCACUUAGGUCUAUGGCCAAUGACGACUACAUCAUUGCAAAGCCGGUAUGCCCGUUGACUGGAGGGGAGCUUCCAUCCUUCUUCAGUGUGCCAGCUUAA